AUGAUAAGAACCCAAUUAAACAAACUCGACUAUUCAUAUACUCAACAACAGCCGAUUUCCUUUGCUGAAACAAUGUUUCGCUACGUGGUCUUAAUACUGGUAAUGUUAACCAUGGCACACUGUCACAGCUUUCUUCGAGAUGAAUACAUUCGUGCCAAAGGUCGAUCAACGAUCGGUAAUGGUCGCCAGAAUUUAAUCAAUACUCGUUCAGUCAAAUCGAUCAAAACCAGCGACUCAGCAGCUAUCAAUCCUGACUUGUUCUUUCCGCCUCUGCCCGGACAGUCGAAUAACGAUUUUCAUCCACAAUUACGUCGACUUCCAUCAGCAAGCGAACCAUUAUACUACUAUUCGUGGCAUAUUCAUAGUUAUUUCUUCCAUGAAAAUAAGAAUGUUACUGAACGUGCCUUAGAUAUCCGACAACAAUUUAUGAAUUUUUUCCACAUAAAAACAUGUGAAGGUAAUUGCUUCAUGGGUGGAAUAUUUGAUAAUUGUACAGUAAUGUGCGUCUGGGAUCCGGUGAUGGGUGUCGAUGGACCACAUCCAUACGGACAGUGGGGUGUUUAUUUACCCAAUGAUCAAUUGAUGGAUACAAUGUUGUGGAUGUCGGCAAAUCAUGGUGAAUUCGAAGUUUUGUUUCAUCCUAAUACAGGAGAAAUGAUUGGCGAUCAUGAUAGUCAACAACGAGCUGUAUGGAUCAAACAGCAAGUCCCACUUGAUUUAGAUUUCCUCAGAUGGUUACAAUGUAAAUGGUUCGGAUGCGAUGAUAGUUUGUAA